ACAAAGCCACACACAGAUAUACACAUACACACACACAAACACAUACAUUCUUACAUAUCUAAUAGUCUGAAGAAGAUGAGCUCCGGAGAACUGAAGCCGUUCAAGAAGAAAGAAGGGAGUGUGAUCCCAAAGGAGCGAGAGUUGGUGAAGACUAAAGCCGUCAAAGCCAUUUGCUCUUUGUUUCGUCCUUCGUGUGAUGGUAAACAAAGUUCUCAGCCAUCCGGAGACGGUGACCGUGACCGCGAUGGCAAGCGCGUCAAAUGCUCUCCAAAGACGAAAGAUUUCAAAGAAGCAGAAGAAUCUCAUGAGAAGUAUUGUUAUGUUCCAGAGAAGCUGUUUAUGUCGCGUUGUCCAAGUCGUGUUUCUCCACUUAAUCUUCCCGAGAAGAACCGGUUUAAUCCUAUCCCUGUCCCGGAUAAGUUUAUACAUAUCCCGGAUAAACUCCUUCCUCUUUCUCCUCCCGUAAAGUUGGCAUCUUUCUCUCCAAUCCAACCUUCAACCACAAGCAACUCAUCUCUCAGCUCAUCAAGCUCGUCACUUUCGACAGCUUCUUCAAUCUCGGUUUCGAAGGAGAGAUCUUUCUCCAACGAUUUCUUGCGUGCUUGUUACCAAGAGAAUUCACAUGUUGCUCGAAUUCAUUCCUUACGAGAAGCUUCUCUAUCAAUGAAAACCACAAAACCGGGAUAUCCUAGCCGGUUUGAUUCUCCGGUUAUACCAAACCGGUAUUCAGCAACACCAAACAGAGCAAAUGAAGAUCCUAAAAGAGGAUCAAAUUGUUCUAAGAGAACUCGAGAGCCAUCACCAAACCAUCGUGCAUUGACACGACAAAAGAGUUUUCGUCUAGAUCAAGAAAGAGUUAUUAUGUCUUCUUCAUCAAACACUUUAACCAAGGGAAAGUUCUUGAAAUCUCCAUCUCCAAGCAGAAGAUAUGAGGGACAUUUCUUGAAAUCUCCAUCUCCAAGCCGGAGAUUUGGUAUGACGGCGACUGAUUUGACGGUAAAAUCAGUCGCUUCUUGUGUAAGGAAAGAUAGUUUAGAUCUGUCUGGUCGCAAGACUUGUCAUAAGAGCAACAGAUCAGAGCCUCGGAUUCAUCGCAUAAGUUCUAAGAUCGACGAAACAAUUAUCAGAGAACUAGCCAUGGUGGCACAUUCACUCGUUCCUCUCUCACCGGCUGCUCACGCCACCAGACUCUCCUCUCCAUCGCGGCGGUCACUGCCGCAGGCUCCUCCCGUCGUCCUUGCAGUUCCACCUAUUAAUCGCAGGACAAUUUUGGUGGGGUUAGGGGGUGCACUAUGGAGUUGGAACGCUCUGACCGCUAAGGAGGAGGCAAUGGCGGCAGCAAGACGGCCGCCUCCACCACCACCUAAGGAGAAGAAAGACCCGACCGUGAGCGGAGUUCAGGCCAAGGUAUUGGCGAGUAAGAAGCGCAAAGAAGAAAUGAAGGCUUCCAUUGCUAAACUUAGAGAGAAAGGCAAACCUGUUGUUGAAGCAAAACCAACUUCUUCUUCUUCAGAAUAGCAUCCAAGCAACAAAAUUUAAACCCUUUCCAUUAAUUCAUCUGUCUACCAAAUUCAUCCCUAUGAUGUUAAUUCACUACCAUUAUAUUUCAAUUUACUCUUAUGCUGAUUUUGUGGUAGUAAAUCCAAAAGCAUUCU